UCAGGUUAGGACCAUCCUUCCUGGAUGGAGGGCCCAAGCAGUGGCUGGGUUGCGGAGCUCACCACCCCAUGUGCGCUGCAUGAUGACGGUGGGAACGACAGCAGCCCGGUGUUUGAGGUAGCUCUGCAGAACAGCUCCUCCAAACGCAGCCCUCAGUUCACAGGUGUCGAGCUGCUGCAGUCCUUCAAGCUGCUGAUCAUCCCCUGCUACACCCUCGUGGCCCUGGUGGGCGUCUUCGGCAACUACCUGCUCCUGUACGUCAUCUGCCGCACGCGCAAGAUGCACAACGUCACCAACUUCUUCAUUGGCAAUCUGGCUUUCUCUGACAUGCUGAUGUGUGCCACGUGCGUCCCCUUCACGCUGGCCUAUGCCUUCAACCCUCACGGCUGGGUCUUUGGCCGCUUCAUGUGCUACUUGGUGUACCUCAUCCAGCCGGUGACGGUUUAUGUGUCAGUCUUCACUCUCACUGCCAUCGGUGUGGACAGAUAUUACGCCACAGUACACCCACUGAAGAAGCGUAUCUCCGUCUUGGCCUGCACUUACCUUCUGUCUGGGAUCUGGCUCCUGUCCUGCGCUCUGGUGGCUCCGGCUGUGGCUCACACCUACCAUGUGGAGUUUAAAAACGAAGGCUUCACCAUCUGUGAGGAGUUCUGGAUGGGUCAGGAGCGAGAGCGGCUGGCCUACGCCUACAGCACCCUGCUGAUCACCUACAUACUGCCUCUGUCGGCGCUCUGCAUCUCCUACCUGUGCAUCUCAGUCAAGCUGCGGAACUGCGUUGUACCGGGCCACCACACCCAGAGCCAGGCGGAGGCCCAGCGCAUGCGCAAGCGCAAGACGUUUCGCCUUGUGAGCUUGGUGGUGGCAGCUUUCGGCAUCUGUUGGAUGCCCAUCAGCGUGUUCAACGUCCUGCGGGACAUUGACAUCGAUCUGAUCGACAAGCACUACUUUCUGCUCAUCCAGCUGCUCUGUCACCUUUGUGCAAUGAGCUCGUCCUGCUGUAACCCGUUCCUCUACGCCUGGCUGCACGACCGUUUCCGCGCUGAGCUCCGCAAAAUGUUCACAUGUCGGCGUCGCAUCGGGAUCUCAGCCAACAACUGUGCCACAGCCAGUGUGGUUCUGUAAAGUACUUUUGUUUCGUGUUAAAUUAGAGUGCAUUAGAAAAGUCUAGACUGCUUUCUUGCCAUUUAAUAAUUCAUUUCUCAAACAUUUUAUUCACAAACUCACCCAGGGGUGCAGUGUUGAUUGUUCGUUCCCAUUUUAAAACUAUUUUCCUUUUCAUGCCUCUUUGUGUUUCCUGUGUCAAAUACCAGCAGGACUUUAUAUUGCUUCUUCGUCGAGAUUCAAAAUGCCUGGACCGUUUUUCAACCAUAUGAAAAGUUUCAAUGCCAAUGCCAUAAAACAAAAGAGUGCAAGCUUUAUGCUUUUUCAAAGGGUUAGUUUAAAGAUGAAAAGAGAUCAAAAUGAUCCACAGUUCAAAGAAAGCUCCCUUUAUUAUCUGCUUGAUGUUUCAGUCACACUGCCCAUCUUCAAGCUACUAAACUAAUUGUGUUGAAAGCCUCCAUCUUUAAAAAUUCAUGCGAUACAACACACCUGGUCAUAUAUAAAUAUAUAUGUCCCUGACAAUAUCUAAAAGUUGCUUUAAAUUUAAAACGACUUACAUCGAAUAUGCAUUACAAGCUAUUGAAAUGCAUUCAUUUAAAAAAAAAUGCUAAAGCACCUGUAGAGGAAAUUAAAAGAAAUGACAUGUUGAAAAGCCAUGUAACUGUUUUACAAUGAUUCCAAUAUUGGAUAAAAAGAAGAAUAGGGUUGAAGGUACGAGCACACUACUAGUCCUGUGUCCGUGUCACCUCCUUGGGCCUGGAGAUAUGUGGGGAUUCGUGGGACGUUGUCACACAGCGUUUUGGACCCUCAUCUGUGGCAAGCUAUUGUCUGGCAGAAUGCAACCAGGCUGGAUAUCCAGGCUGAUCCCACUUGUGUUCCAAUUAGGGAACAACAGGGAGACAUGGUUGGCCACAAAAGGACCUCAACAUGAGGUGAGCUGUCCAAAAACAGUAAAAUGUGGAUGCAAGAUUGUUCUGUGCCAUCAUGUUUCUCCAAAUCACUACUAGUCCAGACAGGACCUGAAGUCAUAUCUUAUGACUCCUCACAUCGACUGCACUUGAUAGUCAUCUGUGGUAAUGCAGAACAAAGAAUCAUUGCAAAAUAUGAUACAACACCUGUAGUUAUCAUUCUAUGCCUCUCAGUUGUGACACCAUUCCAAGUGCGUCCAU